CUCCUGUCCUUCACCAUGUUCUACUGGUGUUCCUCCUGUCCUUUACCAUGUUCUACUGGUGUUCCUCCUGUCCUUCACCAUGUUCUCCUGGUGUUCCUCCUGUCCUUCACCAUGUUCUCCUGGUGUUCCUCCUGUCCUUCAUGUUCUACUGGUGUUCCUCCUGUCCUCCAUGUUCUACAGGUGUUCCUCCUGUCCUUCAUGUUCUACUGGUGUUCCUCCUGUCCUUCAUGUUCUACUGGUGUUCCUCCUGUCCUUCAUGUUCUACUGGUGUUCCUCCUGUCCUUCAUGUUCUACUGGUGUUCCUCCUGUCCUUCAUGUUCUACUGGUGUUCCUCCUGUCCUUCAUGUUCUACUGGUGUUCCUCCUGUCCUUCACCAUGUUCUACUGGUGUUCCUCCUGUCCUUUACCAUGUUCUACUGGUGUUCCUCCUGUCCUUUACCAUGUUCUACUGGUGUUCCUCCUGUCCUUCAUGUUCUACUGGUGUUCCUCCCGUCCUUCACCAUGUUCUACUGGUGUUCCUCCCGUCCUUCACCAUGUUCUACUGGUGUUCCUCCUGUCCUUUACCAUGUUCUACUGGUGUUCCUCCUGUCCUUCAUGUUCUACUGGUGUUCCUCCUGUCCUUUACCAUGUUCUACUGGUGUUCCUCCUGUCCUUCAUGUUCUACUGGUGUUCCUCCUGUCCUUUACCAUGUUCUACUGGUGUUCCUCCUGUCCUUCAUGUUCUACUGGUGUUCCUCCUGUCCUUCAUGUUCUACUGGUGUUCCUCCUGUCCUUCAUGUUCUACUGGUGUUCCUCCUGUCCUUCAUGUUCUACUGGUGUUCCUCCUGUCCUUCACCAUGUUCUACUGGUGUUCCUCCUGUCCUUCACCAUGUUCUACUGGUGUUCCUCCUGUCCUUCAUGUUCUACUGGUGUUCCUCCUGUCCUUCAUGUUCUACUGGUGUUCCUCCUGUCCUUCAUGUUCUACUGGUGUUCCUCCUGUCCUUUACCAUGUUCUACUGGUGUUCCUCCUGUCCUUCAUGUUCUACUGGUGUUCCUCCUGUCCUUCACCAUGUUCUACUGGUGUUCCUCCUGUCCUUCAUGUUCUACAGGUGUUCCUCCUGUCCUUCAUGUUCUACUGGUGUUCCUCCUGUCCUUCAUGUUCUACUGGUGUUCCUCCUGUCCUUUACCAUGUUCUACUGGUGUUCCUCCUGUCCUUCACCAUGUUCUACUGGUGUUCCUCCUGUCCUUCACCAUGUUCUCCUGGUGUUCCUCCUGUCCUUUACCAUGUUCUACUGGUGUUCCUCCUGUCCUUCACCAUGUUCUACUGGUGUUCCUCCUGUCCUUUACCAUGUUCUACUGGUGUUCCUCCUGUCCUUCACCAUGUUCUACAGGUGUUCCUCCUGUCCUUCAUGUUCUACUGGUGUUCCUCCUGUCCUUCAUGUUCUACUGGUGUUCCUCCUGUCCUUCAUGUUCUACUGGUGUUCCUCCUGUCCUUCACCAUGUUCUACUGGUGUUCCUCCUGUCCUUUACCAUGUUCUACUGGUGUUCCUCCUGUCCUUCACCAUGUUCUACUGGUGUUCCUCCUGUCCUUCACCAUGUUCUCCUGGUGUUCCUCCUGUCCUUUACCAUGUUCUACUGGUGUUCCUCCUGUCCUUCACCAUGUUCUACUGGUGUUCCUCCUGUCCUUCAUGUUCUACUGGUGUUCCUCCUGUCCUUCAUGUUCUACUGGUGUUCCUCCUGUCCUUCAUGUUCUACAGGUGUUCCUCCUGUCCUUCAUGUUCUACUGGUGUUCCUCCUGUCCUUCAUGUUCUACUGGUGUUCCUCCUGUCCUUCAUGUUCUACUGGUGUUCCUCCUGUCCUUCAUGUUCUACUGGUGUUCCUCCUGUCCUUCACCAUGUUCUACAGGUGUUCCUCCUGUCCUUUACCAUGUUCUACUGGUGUUCCCCCAGUUCUUCAUGUUCUACUUGGAUGUUUUUUGUAAUUUUCAUGUUCUGGGUCUUUAUUUACUCUGAAAGACUGAACCUGAUG